AAGAUAAUGGGGUCUGGAAACCAUUCAAUGGUAACUGAAUUUAUCUUGGCUGGAUUCUCAACCAAACUGGAGCUGCAGCUGCCCCUGUUCCUCCUCUUCCUUGGAAUCUACCUGCUCACAGUGCUGGGGAACCUGGCCAUGAUCAUCCUGAUCCUGCUCAGCUCCCACCUGCACACCCCCAUAUACUUCUUCCUCAGCAGCCUGUCCUUCAUUGACCUCUGCCAUUCUACUGUCAUUACCCCUAAAAUGCUGGUAAACUUUGUGACAGAGAAGAAUAUCAUCUCCUACACUGGAUGCAUGACUCAGCUCUACUGCUUCCUUGUUUUUGCAAUUGCAGAGUGUCACAUGUUGGCUGUAAUGGCGUAUGACCGCUAUGUUGCCAUCUGUAACCCUUUACUUUACAAUGUUGUCAUGUCCCAUCAUCUCUGCUUCUGGCUCACGGUGGGAGUUUACACUCUGGGUAUUGUUGGAUCAUCAGUUCAUACAGGCUUUAUGUUAAAAUUAAAUUUUUGCAAGAUCAAUGUGAUUAACCAUUAUUUUUGUGAUCUUUUCCCACUCUUGGAGCUAUCGUGCUCCAGUACAUACAUCAAUGAACUCUUGGUUCUUUUCCUGAGUGCAUUAAAUAUCCUGACACCUGCCUUGACCAUCCUUAUGUCCUAUGUCUUCAUCAUUGUCAAUCUCCGUAUUCGCUCCACUGAAGGCAGGUCCAAAGCCUUCAGCACCUGCAGUUCCCACAUCUCUGCUGUUGCUAUCUUCUAUGGUUCUGCUGCAUUCAUGUACUUACAGCCAUCAUCAGUGAGUUCAAUGGACCAAGGGAAAGUGUCCUCUGUGUUUUACACUACUGUUGUACCCAUGCUGAACCCCUUGAUCUACAGCCUGAGAAACAAGGAUGUCAGAGCUGCUGUAAAGAAAAUUCUUAACAGGUGA